AGUAGAUACAGAGAAUAUUGAUUUUUAUACGAAAACACAGCUGUCGGAUGAAGAGGAACGUCCUCCGCCCGAACCCCCUCCUGAGUUUUCUAGUGGUUCCCUUCUAAACGCACAUCAUACAGGUUUACAACAGCAAAACCAUUCUGAAAUAAAUGAGAGGAGAAAUAGUGACCCUAAUUCAGAAGCGAUAACUCAAGGCCCUCAAGUAGAAUAAGUAGAUGAAUCAGAAAAUGGAAAGGAUCUGCAGUCAGGAUCCACUAAGUCGAUUGGCUCUGCUAAUUCUGAACAGUUGUCUAAAGCGGAAAAGACACAGGUUAUGAGAAGAUUAGAUAGGGUGGAAUUUGCGAUACAUACGCGGGACGGCAACAAUGAAAAUAAUCAUCGCAACGUGAAUGUUUCCUUUCUAUGCAAAGAUAAGGAAAUGAAGCAUUUUCCUAUGAAAACUUUGAAAGUUUUCGAUUGGAACGAACAGAAACUUGUAAAUGAUAUCUUCAAAGAAAAAGUUAAAAAUGCUUUGAAAAAGAAUGGAAAAUUCAGCACUAUUAGCAUUACAAUAUCUCAGAUGUUAGAAUGUUUGAUGACAUAUGAAUUGGGCUUAAAAUUCUCGUUUAAGGGUCGAAAACCAAAUGUGAAGAAAGCUUUCAUCACCACUCGCUUAUAUAACGUAGUGUUUAAUGCUGCUAAUGAGCUCUACGGAGCUGAAGUGACAGUGGCUUUAGUGAACAGCUCUAUGUCAUCAUGGCUAAUUUAUUGCAAAACAAGACUAAAACGUCAAGAAUGGUUAGCAUUUCUUUACUAUUAAAUAUUUAAUUUUUGAAUUUUCAAAAAAAAUUUAAAUUCUAGUAAUUUUUAAAAAUGAUUUAAUCUCUGCACAAUACGUUUUUAACAAGUUAUGCAUAAG